UAUGUCCCCGAAACGUCAUUUGAAAGUCACGGCGUGUUGUCCAGCACGCUACACCACUGUGCAACAACGGUAGUGUGCGUGAAACAUAACACGCAUACGCAUUCACACACACUCACACAAGUAUGUACAAAAAUUCCACAGCGCGUUGAUUGUUUCGGGGCAGAUUUGUUCGUCGUCCUAAUUUUCAUUUUAUUAUUAUUUACUUUAGUUGCGUUUCAUUUUAGUUUAAUUUGUUCGGACCCGUUUUUACUAUGUUGUAGUGGCUCGUAGGUAGUGAAGUGCGUUUCGUUUCGUUGCUAUUUUAGCCGUAGGAUUGAGUUUUUGUUCGUGCGUUAUAACAAAGUGGCUUCUUCUUCGCUGGCCCAUCAUCAGCACGUCAAAGCAGAGCAGUUAAAGUGCUGACCUCGCUUGUGGGACGCAAACCACGGGUACGGGAAGGUGUCGAUCGGUGUAGCGCGAGUGAGACGGAUCAUAAACGUUGUAAUAACUGGUGAAGAAAGCGAAGCGGAACGGGAAACUUGCGAAUGCAAAUAAAUUUCCGUACAUAAUAGCCAGUGAACGGGUUGUGCAUCGCCAGCAGGGCGUUUUUCCCUCUUCUUUUCGAGUGGCUCCAAAGGCGCCACAGUGCAACGGAACAUACGGCCCACUCUCCCUUUUUUGGCACGGCAAGGCAGCAGCAUACGACAAGGAUUCGCGACAAAAGAAGAAAACGCGCCCCUUUUUGAGUCAUAUAAAGGGGAGAAAUUUUCGAUCCCCCUAAAACCCGCCACAAAGUGACAGCAGCAAAAGAGCAGGGCAAGAAUAGCAAACGAUGAAAUGCAACGGUUCGCAGCACAGCAGGCUACGGAAGAUCGCGAUGUUACGGGCACCGAACGUGUGAAGUUCAUGUUGUGAAAAAUGAAUCGUUUCGUGCAUAGUGGCGGAAUCCGUGCCUUAUCGACUGUUGGCACCAACGAGGUAGCACCCCGAAAUGGUGGGAAUGUUCGAAUGAAAAACAUGUAUGAUUCAACAACGACGAUGAGUGUACGAGUGCAGUUGCCGCAAGGCUUCACGCAACCGAUGCGCUCGGUUUGAUGAGCGUCGCGCUGUUGGGAUGAUGGAUUGAAUGCGCAAAUGAAUGAUUCACGAUCGACUUUAAAGCAACGAACGAACGAAUACAAGUGGUUCGCCAGAUAGUGGAAUAGAGACAACCGUAGCAGUUGUGCCUCUUCAGUAAAAUACAACAGGAAGGAAAAAAAGCAACAUAUAUUACUAGAGCAAGGUUUGCAGCGGUUAUCAUCGAAUUAGGUCCGAGAGACUUAUCGGUGAUAAAGCCUGUAGACGCGCUCGUUGGUUGACGAGUGUGCGGUAAAAAGGAUGGGUGAUGCGAAGGUAAAACAGCAGCCCUUUUUCGGGAAUCAAGCCCAUCAUCAUCACCAUCAUCAUCACGCCACUCACGAAUCGUCUUCCGGUACAACAUCGAAAUCUAACGGCAUAGCAACAUCAUCCGCAACCAUGGCAACGGUAGUUAUGGAUGCAAAGCAUGCCACAGGUGGGCUGAUGCCUGCCAGUCCUCAACAACAAACCGGAAAGGAUACAAUGACCGGUAACAACGGUACACCUGUUGCAGGGAAGGACAAAAGUCCUGCCAGCCUAAAGUAUGAGCAACUGAAGCUUCGCAAGCAAGAGCUAGAAAAGCGACUGAAUGAAAAAUAUAGCCAACUGCAGCAAAUAAAGCGCGAAGAAGCGCAACUGAUUGGUAUGUAUCCGAGCGAUUUUAGCUGCGGCAUCGGCCCCUCCAGUUCUUCCGAUGGGGUGAAUGGAACGUCUGGAACGGGUAGUGGCGGAGCGGGAACUGGCAAUGGGACUGCGCCAACGUUGAGACGCAAAAUCGGUACCAGCUUUAAGCUGCCGGAAAAUCUGCUUAACAACAAAGAAGAUGACAUCAACAAACUGCUGCUGGAGAAGCAGAUACAGCAGCAAAUUUCCGAAGCCUCCUUAAGGUUGGCGAACGAUACCGGGCAGCCGAAAUCGGUGCGCCGAACGCAUAAACAAAAUUAUGAAAUGGCACAGCAGAAGCUGCUAGCGAUUAAUCAGAAUUUAAGCGUACUCAAGAAGCGACAACAGCAAAAAGAGCAACAGCAGCAGCAACAGCAAUUGAAGGAUCAGCAAGCACAGCAAGCCAACGAUCACCGGCCUACCUCAAGGGACGAUAUCGAUCUGCACAAAACGGCUCAGGUGAAUCGCUUCCGAUCGAACAGCAACAGCAGCAGCAUGUUGAUGCAUCUUUCUGAACGGCGUAACUCGGUCAAAUCAAACACCUCCUCGAAUGCGUCGGGUAGCAUUACGGGGCAUCAUAUGAUGCAGCAGCAGCAGCACCACCAGCACCACCAACAGAUGCUACAGGUACAAAUCCCCGGAGGUCAUUAUCAUCUUUCGCCACAACAGCAGCAACAGCACCAGAGUCAACAAAUUUCACCCUACUCGAUCCACAGCGGUAUUAUACCGUCCGGUUCGCAGAGCAUGACAUCGGCUGCCUCGGCAGCAAUGAUUUCCCAGCUUAGCAUGUUACGGCACCGUGCCCGAACGGAUAGCUUCCCGGGUAUUGCGACAAACUACGAUUCCGCCUCGGCUGGUUCCGGCACGACGGAACAAAGCUUAAAAAUGUCUCCACUGAGCGGUAGCGGAAGUAUUGCGAGCGGUGGCAGCAAUAUGCAGCAAGCGUCCACCCACGGCCUUCAUCAUCUGCACCCGCACCAUCAUCAUCAUUACCAGAUCGGGCCGGGACCGGCGAGAAUGAACAGACUGAUACAGCAGCAAAUGGGGAUGAAUUAUAGUCCACCGGCUCCCAGUGGAAGUAGCACCACCACGCCCGGUUACGUUCUUUCCCCCACCUCGGUUGGUGUAUCGCCGGGCGGAAGCGGCACCGGCCAAGCGUUCGUUUACGAUGCGAAAGUGAUCUCAAGGUUGCAAGGUGGCGGUACAGGCGUUAACAACAAUCCUCGCUCACCACAAGCAACGUCGUCGUCUUACGGUCACGCAAUAAAUGAUCAGAACUAUUGUCCCAAUACGAUGGCAGCCGUGGGUCAAAGUGUAACGUCGGCUGUUGGUACUGGUUAUGACUAUGGAGCAGCCCAUGACCCAACCGCGUCCACUGUUCCCGCCGGUCUUGGGGGAUACUGGAUGACGCUAGAGAAUGGCGAAAAAAUAUGGUGCUCCGUCGACAAUCGUCAAUUUUCAAGCCUUGACCGUAAGCAACAAAGUGCAAGUGGAUCAACCGGUGGUGGCAGUAUGAAGCUUUCGCGAACGAGUACCAAACUGAACGGAGGCAGCUCCAAACCAUCGGGCCAGUUCGGUGCAGUUACACCGGCAGUGAAAUCGUCCUCCCUGGGCAACUUCCAAGAGUACAUCGGCAAAUCGUCGUCGCUGGAUGACAACGACAACAUGAUGUCUGUGCAACCAGAUGCCAUUUCGGUGACGUCCGGUUCGAGUGAGCAUAAAAAGCGUGAGAAAGUGUGGCGCGAAACUUCGCUUGACAGUCCGGUGGUAAAACAUAAAGCAUUGCCACCGGUGCCACCUUCACUGUCGGGCCAAGGUCAAAUGUCACCUUCGUCCAUCGGUAGCGGGCACAUGAUUGUUUCACCACACGGCGGAAUGGUACCGCAGUCACCUCCGUACAUCCCACCGAUGAGCAGCAAUCCUUCCACGGCUCCAUUGCACAUUAACACGAAUGUUUCCGCUUACGGUGGGCCAUGUUCGCCUUUGCUACUUUCGCCACAGCAGAUGCGUUACUAUCAGCAACGUCAGCAGCAGCUGCUGGAACAACAAAGACAAAGAAUUAAGCAGCAACAACACCAGCAGCAACAGCAACAACUAUUUCACAUUUCUUCAAAGCAACAAGAAUCCGUGUCUCCCCGAUCACCUAUGGGUUCGAUAGGUGGUGGAGUAUCCGCAACAGACGCAACAGGAGACAACUACAAGACCUAUUCUUAUCAAGCGCAACAGGAACCGCCCGCUAUGCCUCCCUAUCAGUUGCGACAUCAACAUCCGCCACCUCCUCCAUUGCCACCACCGAACCAACACCAUUACCACCAUUCACAGCAGCUGCAGAAUAGGCUACAACAUCCACCCACGACACCGGCACAACCACAGCAUCUGGAUCUCUUGCCACCCAUUUCCUCCCACCAUUCGCCUGCCCUCGGUCAUCAUCGUGCAAUAAGUGCCCAGCUGCAGCCUGAUUCCGGCUAUUAUCCCCAUGCGGGACACCUGUCCAACACGCUUUCCUCUCGUCAUCCGGAUCUGGUCAUUUCUCCCACACUGUCCCAAGCUUCUUCCCACACGCUUACGUCCGUUGUGCAGGCGUUACCGGUAAUUGGUGGUGCAGAAGAAAAUGGGUUUUCUGGCCCAUCCUCGCCAACACCUUCAUCCGGUAAAAUGCAAGCGAUCGGAGCAGCACCACCACCAUCCGAUAUACAGAUGGAGUCGCCAAAAAACAUGACUGUCGUUCAACAAGGAAAGAUUAUGCCCUACAAGGAGGUGACGAAACCGUUUGAGAUGUCCGAUUUCUACAAAUAUUCCACCAAAUACCGACAGAAGCAGCAGCAACAGCAGCAGCAGCAGCAGCAGCAGAUUCAACAAUUGUCACCGUCGGAGGUGAGCAGCCCGGUAGGGAGCGACAGCGAUCCGACCGGUGGUGGUGACGGCAUACAUAAAGGUAUCUACCAGCCGCCGAAUCGAUCCAUCUGUCAACCGCUCGUUAAUCACUACAACUGAACUCGCGACCGGGUGAAAAAUGGGUGAAAAAAAAAACAGUGAAAAGAGAGGCAUGCACAAUGGCAAUUUUUAAAGAUUUCAAUAUUGACCCUGAAAACAUAUUUAUUAUGAUAAGCAUUUGAGGGGCUGUCGUCCCGAAAACAGUAAUCGAGGGUGCUGGCAAGAAUGUAGCUAAGACUAUUUGUACCUGUUGCGUGCGUGUUCCGGGUCGUUUGGUGUGUUUUGCAAUACACUUGGGAAAAAAGAGAGAUAGGUAAACAUUAGCGAGAAGCCCCGAUUUAUUUGCUGAUUGUGGCCAAACUCUCAAUGGCUGUUGUAAUGUGUGCGGCUUGGAUUUUUAUGUUCAGUUUGCUACAUUCACUUGGUCGUUAUCGCAAGCGGCUCUGUUUGUCGAUAACAACAACGUUUUCUUCCCUGUAGAUAGGGUUCUAAGCUGAGCUUCUGUAUCAGACACAAUUGGUACAGGUCUGUGCUUUUUCUUUCUUCUUUUCGUACCAUGUUUUUGGUGUUUCUUUGUACAUUGUUUACUUACGGAAAUGGGUGCAAUUCUUCUCCACAUUUCUUGUAUACCUUACAAGACCGUGUAGGACGAUGAAUAAGUAUGAUUGGUUUACGGUUCGUUAGAAACGAUCUGAUGAUCAUAUGUAUGAAUAGGAUUCGGCCGUACGCCAAACACCGUCUCUAUCUUAAAUCGUUUUCUAAAAAUUGUUCAUUUUAAGUAAAUAUCCAACUAUGCAAAGAUUGGCCACUUUAAAGUUUAAACAGUACUAUAUUAUUGAUCUUAUUAGUUAUUACAAUAUGAUAUUCAGCCCGCAUGUGAGGGAGCCUAGUUGAGACGAAACGGUUUGAUUGUUUGCAUCAUUCCGAUGAGCUUUUAAUGGCCACAAUGUGGUGUUCGAUGCGUACGUUUAAGGUGAUGUUUUGCGACGGAAGAAAUAGGAAGGUUGAUCGAUUCCUUAUCAGCACGCCCGACGAUAAAUGAAACUAGAGAUUGUUUACGUUUAGUAGAGGUGUGCACGGAGAAUUUAUUACUGCAACAUACCAAAAGGCAAACGAGACGUACAUAUCUAGACGAUAUGCUCAUACCCCCAUUUACGGUUCAUGUUUACUUACAUGCAUCAUUCCUCGAGAUAUAUUUAACCAAUAAUUUUUUGCCUCAAGACUGAAAUAGAUCAAAAGCCAACAUCCGUUGCGUCAAAGCUUAUGCCGCCUUAUGCCGUUUCCUACAUACAAGACUUAGUACCGCAUUUCGGAUUGAUUUUUCCUCCAGUUGGUCGGGUAAAUGAUACAACGAUAAUAAGUAAUUAAAUUCAGCAAAAGACUUGCAGCAUUUGACAAAGAGGAGAAUAGCAAGAGAAUGAGCUAGAUAUUGAUAAAUAGAUGCCCAGGCAGCACAACUGUAUAACUUAACAAUAGCCAGCCUAGGCGAUUAGCAUUAGCAAUGUUUGUCCUAAUGGGCACUAAGGUUAAAUGAAAAAAAAAGCGUGUGGCCUUAUGAUGCAGAGCUAUUAUUAUGCUCAUCCGACAGCUCUGGUGCACUUUAUUCGAGGAUCAAAGGAUAAACUCAGUUAUUUAAUCAGCAACACUCGUAACUGUACUACUACUACUCAUUGCUGCUCUUACUGUUUAUCUGUUAGUAACUAGUUAAUUAGUUUGUAAUCGUUUCGUUAACAUUUAUCUGCAGCACGUGUUUGACAAUUGCGGAGACGCUUGUUAAAAUCUUCCAUAAGUUAGUAACAUAGUAAAUAUCAAGAAAGGGGUGUGUAGAAUUUACGAUAUGCUCCUAACAUUCAGAAGGUGGUAUGAACUUACCGCGACUCCCACCAUUAUUCUGCUGAAAUUCAUCAAAUCAUAGUAGAGCUAGUAAUCAAGCGUAGGUAAGCCAGAGCGGGUUGCCUAAUAUACGCUGUAAUAGUUAAUGUUUGUCUAAUAGAAUCCAAGCUAAGUCUUAGCUGGUAAGGGAGGUGAUAAGCAAUGUGAGUAGCGCAUAUAGAUCAAUAUACGUGGGAAGUCUGUUUUUCUAACCGUUAAGGAAUUAUACGGCGUGCAGUGGAGUGCGAAAUAAAAGAAAAUUAUUGUACAUUUUUUCAGAGUGA